AACACUUUUGUGGGCUGGCUAGCUAGCUGUCACAUUUUAUUUACCAUCUCGACGAUUUGUUUUUCAGUAGAAAAAUUACCAAUAACUGACGUAAAAUCUUGUAAAAAUCAAUUUCGACAUGAGCUGUUUUGAAAAUCUAACAAUGCCGAGUUGUGUGUGGUUCGAAAGUGGAGAGAAGAGGAACAUUCUUGCUUCCAUAUCAUCAGGACUCCUGUUCUUCACAGGCUGGUGGUUUAUCAUCGAUGCAGCGACAGUGUACCCUGGGAACCUGCCCAAUGCUGCUCAUGUGUGCGGCGUGAUGGCCACACUGUCCCUCAUCAUGGUCAACUCUGUAUCAAAUGCACAGGUUCGAGGUGAGACGUACACAGGAGGCUGCAUGGGUCCCCGCGGUGCACGUCUGUGGCUGUUCCUUGGGUUCGUUGUAGGGUUUGCUUCACUCAUUGCAGCCUGCUGGAUUCUCUUUGCCAACUAUGUUAAUGCUGGUAGUUCCAAGGCAACAUGGCCAGGUGUGAGUUUGUUCAUGCAGAACGCAUUCAUCUUUGCCGGCUCGUUAGUAUUUAAGUUUGGCCGCACAGAGGACUUGUGGGGGUAAUCUAUAUAAUCUUGUUCCGUCCGUGUUUGUCAUGCCUAGUUAUGAUUGUGCCAAGUGACGAUAAACCGAACAGUCUUAUAGCUUCCUAUUUAUAAUCAUGAAGUAAAGUUAGUCCAAGUUUAAACUUAUGAAAGUCUCUGUGUAACUUUAAUCCGUGAUUGUUAAUAUGAAAAUAAGGUUGUAUGGAUAGUUAUUGGUCAUCAAUAUUUUAUGAAGUUAAUACCGAAUUGAUGAUGAUAUUCUUAUAUGGGAAACGCUUGAAAUGCUUUUUAUAAUGCGGGCGAGGUCUAUUAUUUUCUGCUUUUGUUGUAUUCCAUCAAAAACAAUACUAUAACUAGGCAUGCAAAAAGGAUUUAUAUAAUCUAGGUUAAAUUAUAAAUAUUUUAAAAUUAUAGGUAAACUUUUUAGUGUAUUUUACAUAAUUAUUAAUCUCUGUUAAGAACACAUUAGAUUUCAAUAAUUAUUUUUAAUAUUAUGUUAUAUUUGUAUUGCUAAUAUUGUGGGAAGGAACCAGUCAAAAAUGUCUGUAUAAAUAAAUAACUUUAUUGAUUUGGCAUUAAUAAAUUACAUUGAUUGAAGUACAUUAAAGAUCUUAAUAAGAGUA